UAAGCGGAUCCGAUGGGCGCCCGAAUAAUAUUCCCGAACGUUAGAUUAGAUCGAUCAGCUAGAAGAACUCUUGCCUCCCGGUCGGAUCUGCUUCGAGAUCCGUGCGCAUUCUCCCCGGCGGCUGGGGGUUGCGGAUCUCGAAGCAGAUUUUGCGCGACAUAUAUGUUGUUAUGUGUCUCUGUAUCUGUGAAAUAAAUAAAUUUCUGUUUCGCGCGUUUGAAUUGAAUUUGACAGUUAUGUGUGUUUUGUGAGCAGAGAAGGCAUUAUUCGGGCAGAGGGAGUGGUACUUCUUCACCCCCCGCGACCGCAAGUACCCGAACGGGUCGCGGCCGAACCGCGCCGCCGGGAGGGGCUACUGGAAGGCGACGGGGGCCGACAAGCCCGUCGUGCCCAAGGGGACCCACCGCCCCCUCGGGAUCAAGAAAGCCCUCGUCUUCUACUCCGGCAAGGCCCCCCGCGGCGCCAAGACCGACUGGAUCAUGCACGAGUACCGCCUCGCCGACACCUCCCGCUCCCCCAACAAGAAAGGAAGCCUCAGACUGGACGACUGGGUGCUGUGCCGGCUGUACAACAAGAAGAACAGCUGGGAGAAGAUGCAGAGCCAGAAGGAGGAGGCCUCGAUGAUGACGACCGACUCGACCGACGACUCGGGGUCGAACAGCUUCCGGACGCCGGAGUCGGACAUCGACAACGACGUGUUCGACAAGGCGGCGGCUAGGCCGGAGGCCUACCCGAACCACCAGUCCACCGAAGUGUGCCAGAUCAAGGAGGACAGCGAGUGGUUCAUGGACCUGAACCUGGAUGAUCUGCAGAGCGCCUACACCGGCUUCGGACCCGCGACGCCGACGCCGACCUUCGACAUGUCGAACCCGAGCUUCUACUUCCCGGGCCUCAGUUCGCCGAAGCCGAACUCGAACCAAACUAUGAACUUGCCACCGUUUUGAAUUUCUGAUCAUCUUUAGCUGUAUAUACAGAAGAAACCAGAGAAAAGAGUAGGGGGGGGGUAUAAUUUAGUGCUAGGGAAGGUUAAAUUUUAUGUUUGCAUGAUUCUUUUGUUUCUUUUUUCUUUUUUUCGCCGUUUAGUAAAAGAAUAUAUACUCCCAUGAACAAUUAGGAGCAAAAAAAAUAUAUGUAUGUGUAUAGGGUAAUGGGUAGUAGAAUUAGGGGUGGACAAUUUUAUAUAUGUUUUGGUUAAAUGGUUGUGGUAAAUUUUAAGCAUGAUUUAAUGAAGGGGAAAAUAUAUAUA